CCGUUCAGACAGUUUUAUGUUCUGGCCAAACGUGGUUAAUCGCGUGUUGGAUCUGUGUUUCAAGGAAUCCUCCUAAGAAAGCGCCCCGAAAAUGUCGCAGCUGCCUUUGCUGCUCCUCGUGGUUUCCGCCUCCGUGGUCCUGGCCGGUUACAGCUCCUCCACCGACGAGGCCGGCUCCACAGAUGCCUCCAACUCCAUUGGGGGCACCAAGUGCGACAAGAAUCCGCUGGGUGAACUGACCUUCCAGCUGAGCGGCAGCAGCCUUCACUGGCCCUGUGAGUCCACCAAGAACAUCUACGUCCAGUCCGGUAGAUAUGUGCCCCGGAACGUGAUUGUGACCCGCGCCCAGCUGCAGCGGGACUCCGCGUUUGUGGCCCUGCCCAGGUACAAGCAGGGCGUGCCCUUCACCCUCGGCAAGGUGAACCUGAAGAAGGGCGAGUGCCUCACCAAGAUCGCGCCCUAUCCCUGCUGGGCCAUCCAGGAGGAGGGCAACUGCCAGGCCCUCCAGUCCGUCGUGGACAUAGCCGUCGAUCAGAACGGACUGCUUUGGGUUCUGGACGUCGGCAUUGUCAACACCUUGGAGCAGCCCAUUCGGAGGUGCAGCCCCAAGAUCGUGGCCAUAAACACAGCCAACAACAAGGUGGUCAAGAGCAUCGACCUGAGUGACCUCGUCACCUCCGAGAGCCGGCUGCAGUUCAUCGUGGUGGACUACUCCAAGGACAACAAGCCAUUCGUCUAUGUGGCCGAUGCCGGAGCUCGCAGCAUCCUGGUGUACGACAUCACCGGCAACAAGUCCUACCGCAUUGUCCUGCCCAGGGCCACCGCCCCCACCAGCGACGUGCUCUACGUGGCGCUCACCUCCAAGCCGGAUGGCACCUCCACCCUGUUCUUCAGCUACCUGAGCUCCCCGCGCCUGUACUCCAUUAAGGGCGAGUACCUGCGGGUGGGUCAGGGGGCGGGCUCCAUCAUCGACGUGGGCCCCAAGCCCUACGGCAAGCAGGCCGUCCUCCUGGGCGCCGAUGGGGGCACCUCCCUGUUCUUCCGCUACAAGGGCGAGAACGACAUUUACCUGUGGGACUCGGAGACCUGCUUCAAGGCGGCCAAUCUGCAGGAGGUGCAGCGGGGCGGCGACUGCCGCCUCUCCACCCAGGUCCUGCCGGGGCACAAGCGCUUCAUGUGGGCGCUGGAGAGCAACUUCCACGACUUCAUCUCGGAUCGCACCGGCUGCAACGGAGCCUCCAUCGUCCUGCACCCCGUGGUGAGGGAGUGCGACGAUUGAACCAGGAGCCCUCCACUGGGUUAGCUAUAAGAUUCCUUUUGUUGUCGUUAUUGAGUCUCAUUAAAAUUUGGUGAAUUUUUAAAAUAA